AUGAUUCCCCUACCUCGGAAAUAUGCUCCCGAGCAACGUGGUGUUUCUGACAUUCGCGAAAUGGGUAGCCUUGCUGAUGACGGUGACGUAGUGGAAGACCGAUUCGACGAUCAAAGUUUUGACGACGCACCGCUUUCGGAUCGCGAAUCGAAUUUUGAUGAGAUGGAAUUGCGUGAUUGCGAGCAGCUACACCAACCUACUGACCAAAUUUAUUCGCAAAAUAACUGGUUCAACCAAAGCCGCUUCGAGAAAGAGAAUAGUUGGGAGCCAAGCAUUCUCGAGCAUUCUUCGUUUGAGAACACAGAUCAGGGCAAAUUUGCGGAAAGCCUUCCUGUACCCUCUGUGCCAAAGCUUGAUGGUGACCAUGGCCUAAAAUCUCGUGAGGGAUACUUGAAUAGGGAUAGCAACACAAGUGUAGAAAGAAAUGACGCCACAGUUCGUGUAAUCGAAGCUUUGAUUGCUAAAGCUACGUCUCGAAAGAGGCAUAAUGAUCUGGCUGAAAAGUUUAAUGGUUUAUCUGUGAUUAUGCCUGAAGAUUCGUCUAUAUCUGUUGAGAGGUCUAUUGCGGAAACCACUGCUUCUACUAAUUUAAGUGUAGGGAAAAUCCAAAACGUUUUGAAGGGCGUACCACCGUCUUCUUCACCAAGAACGUUGAUGAAAGUAUUGGAUGAGUACAAGAGAAGUCGAGUGAAGGCACGAAAAGCUGGUGAUCAUCCCCUUCCACCCCCAAUUCUAAAUAUUGAGCCAUCACUGUCAUCAUGCACUUCGCGUCAUCUUCCUUCUCAUAAAGCCUGUAACAGUGCUGGAGCAAUGAAACCGGAUAUCGGUGUUGCAUGUAAAGAUGUGAAAGCACCAUGUGAGGGAGAGCUCUUGGACAGCCAAAUUCUACUUCUGGAUGCACAUCGUACUGUUCCUCUUCGAAUCGAAUUCUCACCAACUCAGAAUGCCCGAUUUUCUACCUACCUUCUCAUUGCAGUGGAAGGAGGAGGUGGACCUCAAGUGAAUUACAGGAUGCCGGUUCGAGGGUUGGGCGGAACUGCAGUUGUUACAGUAAAAGCCAGAGAUGACCUACGUAUUUCAAGAAACGGAAUUUAUAUUUUACAGUCUUCUUAUGAGUCGACGUUCUCAUUUUCUUUAACGAAUUCAGGAAACCGGCGAGCAUUUUCCCGCGUGGUUGUUUUAUGCACAACAGAAUCUGGCGUUUUGGAACACAUUCCUGCCGAUAUUCGUCCAUCUCCCGGAAUUGUUAUAGAUCGUAGUGAAUCCAAGGAAAGAAUAUUCAGUUCCUUUAUGUUGCUUAUCUAUUGGUUUUAUUUGUCUUUGAAUGUUCUCUCUUAUAAAACAUUUAACUUGUCUCCGUACGGCUUCGAUCUCCUAUGCCGACCUCAAAUUGGCGGUCUUCGCAAAACUCUCUUGUCUCCACUGCGUCAACAGCGUUUCGAAAACCUAAAAGGCAUUUCACAUCUGUGUGAAGGGAUUCGGUUUACGGAUACUUUCGUUGGUGAAGACCCAACAUUCCGUCCUCCUGAAGACCAUCCGAUUACCAAAGAGGACGUGAGACUUUUUGAUCAGACACUGAGGAUGUGUACUAUUUAUGUUUGCUCCCCGCGGAUUCGUCCAGGGUCAUCAUUGAUUUCGAAUUAUUCCUCACCGUUUGAAAGAAGCCUUCAACCAGAAGACACUUUUCGCGAGAGAUCUACUUAUAAAGUCGCUGUUCCUGACCUGACGUUGCGAUAG